CGGGAGAAGAGGAGGGGUAGGAGGAGGCCUUACGUUUUGAUUGGCCAGUUGACCGGUGACGCAAUCGGAGCGCGCUGAACCGUGACUUGGCAAGUUUCCCCAGAUGACUAUGAGCCAGCCGAUAAAUAGCCGGACCGGGAAGCUGGGAGUUGUUUUGUAGCGGGAUCUGUAUUGCUUGUACAGGUCAUCUGCAGCAACAUUGCAACUGGUUUUUGUGUCGCUAGCACUUUUUCUUUCUACGAUGGAAUUUCCAGAUUUGGGAGAGCAUUGUUCUGAAAAAACUUGCAAGCAGCUGGAUUUUCUUCCAUUAAACUGUGAUGCAUGUGACAAAGUCUUUUGUAAAGAUCACGCUCAGUAUGAGCGGCAUAAAUGUGGUGCCGCAUAUAAAAAGGAUAUGCAGGUCCCAGUGUGUCCACUUUGUCAUGUCCCUGUUCCAGUAGGAAGGGGAGAAAUUGCAGAUGUUGUGGUUGGGCAACAUAUGGAUAAAGACUGUAAAUAUAAUCCAGCUCAGGAGAAAAAGAUUUUCAUACACCGCUGCUCAAAGGAGGGAUGCAAAAAGAAAGAACUGUUCAAGCUGCUUUGUGACCAGUGUAAUGACAACUUCUGUAUUAAGCACAGACAUCCUUUGGAUCAUAACUGCAAACACAGUGGUCAUUCCAUCUCCAAAGCAGGGUGUGCAGCUAUAAUGAGAGCUGCUGAAUCAUCUGGAGCUUCAAACAAAUUAUCUUCCAGUUGGCUAGCUCAGCGAUUAAGAGGGAAGCAAAAGAGUUGAUCAUUUGACAUUCCUGGUCUCUAACCUGGCAACAAAUGAUUCUGUGCAUUUUAAUAUCAUUGUGGGCUUUUCCACAAAACCUAAGUUAUUUAUUACCUUUUGUUAGCUUUAAUCUGAAAAUAUUGUCUUACAUUUCUCAGGGAUAAUUGUAAAACUUCAUUAAUUUUGUUUCAAAUAGGUGUUGGACAUGUGAUUAGCUUUAUCAGCUCCAUUUAAUUAGAAACAAAAGUGGUGCCUUUAAGUUAGAACUUUGUACAUUUACACCUACUUUAUAUGUUUUAAUUGUAACUUUAAUUUAUAACUUGUUUUCAGUACAUUUUGAUUAUGGUGAAUUGUUUCUGGUGCCUUUAUGUCUGUUCUUGAACUGAGGUACUAAGAACUCUUGUACAAUUACAUGUUUUUAAAUAAACUGACCAAAUUUUGGUGGGCUUCUGUUCCUAUUCACUGAGGAAAGAUUUGCUCAUUAACACACAGAAAGUAUAUCUUUCUGCUUUUGUUUUUCUAAAACUUGACUUAGAAAUGCUUUUUUUUUUCUUUAAACAAUUUAGUAAUGACAUUUUUGACAGACUAGACAUGGAGUCAUUCCUUAAGAUAAAUAAACCAAAAAAUAUUUAA